AUGUCAAAGCGUCGCAGAGGUGAGGAGGUCCAGUCCGAUGCGCCUUUUUCAAAACGACGCCGAGACUCGACUGGUGGUCCCGUUGACCGCCUGUCUUCGUUGAGCAAUGAGCUUUUGCUUCAUAUCUUGUCGUUUCUUCCAAUUUCAUCUCUCGGUGUUUGUCAAAGAUUAUCCCGUCGUUUUAAUGCUCUGAGCGGAGAUUCGGAGAUCUGGAAAAGACAAUAUUAUACCCAAUGGGUACGCCCUCGAGCUCGCCGCUUGGCAAGUGCUAGACGGGCUAGCUCGACCCUUCCAAAUAAGACGGAAUAUUCCCCCAAAGUAUCAACAUGGCUAGGUCACGGUCAUCUGGCUAGCAAUGUAAACGGGAAGGCCACGAAUUGGAAAGGCCAGUACCGUCUCCGACAUAAUUGGUCACGGGGAGUUUAUCCGCCCAAUCUAGCCAAACUAUGCGCGGGAUUCGUCUUUACGGCGGACUCUGCACACGGUCUUCGGGUUUGGGCCGCAAAGGAUCCGGCAAUUUGCCUGGCAACGGCCCCGUUCUCGGAGCGGAAUGAGUCUUCUAAGAGCUCUCCGACUGCUUUGGCUGUGUGUGACCUGCAAGAAGCACAAGAAGUCGUCGUGGGGUUCGAGGACGGACAUUAUAAACGUUAUAUCAUGAAUCCCGAAACGUCUCAGUUGGAGCUACGGUCUUCCCAUGCGGGAUCUAGUCAAGGGGCUAUUACUGCGAUGGCAUUAUCGUCGCCAUAUAUCUUAAUGGUGUCGCAUGAUAAGAUAUUGUCUUUGCACUGCCUCGAUUCUGAGCAGCAAGAUUCAGCGCAGCCGGGAGAAGUGUUCCAUUCACAGGAACUUGCAUCCCUGAAAGCAGACAAUAUGAUUGCACCGAUGACCCUUUGUCUUCGAAAGUCGACUUUUGAAAUUGUGGCCACCAUCGUGUAUAGUUUCCUCCACAUUGGAUGUGGAUGGUCCCUGGGUAUACAGGAACUGCAUUUUAGCAAAGAUGGUCAGCAGCUUGAGUCCCGACUUACAAGCACUGUUGAUUCACAAUACGGCAUCGGCCCAUCACGAAAUCUAGCACCAUCUGUCCGGCGACGCCACUCUGCUACAGCUGAUCCUGAGCCACUGGGACAUUCAAGUGCUGAAACCCCAGCCCUGCCAUCUAUCUUGCAUAAGCAACCGCCAACUUCGAUGUCCUACUCUCAUCCUUAUUUACUCACCUCGCAUGCGGACAAUACGUUGACCAUGUAUUUGGUGGUUUCCAACUCCAGUGAAUUGUUCGUGCGAGGAGGCCAGCGCCUUUGGGGCCACACAUCUUCCGUUUCUACCGUACAGGUAACGAAUCGUGGGAAAGCGAUUUCUGUCGGCGCUCGAGGGGAUGAAAUCCGCAUCUGGGAGCUUGAGAUGGCCAUUUCAUCCCUGGGUACAAGUCGGCCGUUCAACGAAGAAAGCAGCAUACAGGUUAAUCCUGAACACGAACACAAAGAGGUAGUGGAAGGCCUGGGCCUGGACCUGCGUGAUGACUACUAUACAUCUACACCGACACCGACAGUGAGGAGUCGUCGACGAGAGAUCGGUGGGUUGGAGCUAGAUUCAGAUUCUGACAGGGCGCAAGAAUCUCCCACGCUCGGCCUUCAUGAAUGUGUUGGAUUUGACGAAGAGCGAGUUUUUCUCCUCCGAGAGAAGACCGUUGGUACACAGCUACUGGAAUGCUACGAUUUCACGUAG